AUGGAUUUCAUUUUACUCCCAAAAAAAUCUGAAAAUGAUUCAACUACAACGACGACGACUACAAGAGCAACAGAUUCAGCAACAUCUUCAUCAUCAUCAUCACGUCAAAAGAGAAUAAGAGAAAAAGAAAGUAGUUUUGAACAAUUGAAAGAUGACACACAACGAAAAUCUAUAAAAAGUACAAUCAAAACCGAAGUAGUAGAUACACUUGGUCUGGAAGCAAUAGCAGAGAAACAUGAUUUUCCAUUCUACUGGCUGUUACCACAAAAGGAGCAGGUCAGAUUGGUUGAAAUCGACAGAUCCGGCACCGAAUUCUAUGAAAUACAUCAACACUUUCGAGAAACACUUCCAAGUUUCAACAUUACAAAGGUGGAGCGUGUUCAGAGCAAAACACUCUGGCGUAGCUAUCAUAGCAAGUGUCUAGAGUUGAUGAAGCGUUACAAUGCAAGUAGUUCCGUCAUCGUUGAAUCACGACUCUACCAUGGAACCAGAACGCACAGACCCUCGGAGAUCUAUGAUCAUCCUGUCGGUUUCGACCUGUCGUUUUCCAAUUAUGGCAGCUUCGGAAAGGCACACUACUUUGCGAUGAACGCUAGCUACAGCAAUGGAUACCGACACACGUUGAGCCAAGGCAAUAUCUACCAGAUGUUCUAUUGUCGUGUGCUACUAGGUAGUUGUGCAAUGGCUUUAUCGGUGCCCUUUGAUCAGAUGGCUGAUCUCACAAGUCGUGGUGUCUACGACAGUUAUAAAGGCGGUGAUAUAUUUACCAUCUAUGAGAACGGUCGUGCCUAUCCCGAGUAUCUGAUUACAUAUUCAGACGCUUAUACCCGUGGUAUGCCAACAUCCAAUACAUCGAUAAAAUCAACACUAUCAACCACAAGUAUUUACCGUCAACCACCGCCGCCACCACCACCACCACCACGAACCAACCGUCAACACCCACCACCACCACCAACUACAGCAAUUCCUCUAUCCUAUCCCAUUCCAACAACCAGAAAUGCCAAUGGAACCAACAAAUUUAGACAUUUUGGUAUCGAUAAUAAUAGUAAUAAUAGUAAUAAUAAUAACAAUGAUAAUAAUGAAGACAAUGAAAUAUCAAAUAUUAUGUCUUUAAUGAGUAACCCUGACUUUGUUGAAUCCCAAAAGAAAAUAUUGGAAAGUCUAAAGAAAUAA